CUUUGUUCCCUCUCUCUGUCCCCAGCUUUACUGACGCUUCUGCAGGAUGAAGAAGUCAGUAUAUAUAAUGCGGACUUUGGCCAUCGUUGUAACAAUGCCUUUGGCACCGACUUCAACUACUCUUACAUGUCAAACUAUAUGUAGCUUCUCGAUGUGGCCCGAAUUCUGGAGGGUCAACGUACAUCGACUCCACGAAAUUGCGUGUCUGACAAUCGUCAUGCAGACAGCCGGCCACAGGGCCCCGUUGUCGCUACGCUACGACAAAGCCCGAAGGACACUCCUUGGAUUACUACUCGAAGCUACGGCGACCCUCCUGCAAAUCAUUGCACACUGCGAGUUUGCCCAUGAUGAUUAUGAAUGGCAAAGGCAACGUCAAAUGCCCCAUACAGCAAGCAAUUUUUUCCUUCGGAGCGGCCAUAUACUGCACGCACGUCGCACCUGGCCCUCAUAGCCUCUUCUGUCGUCCCAACAGCCAGCUUCGCGACCAUAAAAAAUAUCAUCUAUCAUGGUUCUUCAUAUCACACAUUCUCUCCAUGAGGGAUCUUCAUUUCGCUGGGAUUCAAUAUGCAACACAACUCAUUUUGUUAUCUAUGACAGCAAUAUUGGACCUGGUGUCCAUCUCACACUUGGAAUUCUAUCGAG